AUGAGUAGGUCUAGAAGGAAUAAUGAUAUUUGUGUUGGUAAGGAGGCUGGGGGAUCUCAUGGAAAUGUUGUUCUGGGUUGUGGCGAUGCUGAAAUUGCACAACUUACGAAGAUUACGUCAAGCCCGAGUGAGCGGCUGAGCAAGGCAGCUCCUGGUAAGGCGAGACUGCCUGUUUCUCCAGUGAAAAUGUUGGCCGGCAGGGAAUGUAAUUAUGGAGGAAGAGGAAGAUUUUCGUUGGCAGACUCUUGCCAUAUCUUGAGUAGGUAUUUGCCCGUUAAUGGUCCUUCAGAUAUCGAUAAAAUGAAUUGUCGUGCAUACAUUUCGCAAUUUUCUGCAGAUGGUUCUCUAUUCGUGGCAGGAUUUCAGGAAAGUCAUAUUAGAAUAUAUAAUGUUGAUUAUGGAUGGAAAGUUCAAAAGGACAUCAGGGCAAGAAGCAUGGGAUGGACGAUUAGCGAUACAUCCCUUUCACCAGAUUGCCGUUUGCUUGCAUAUUCCAGUAUCUCACCUGUUGUCCAUAUUGUUGAUGUUGGAUCUGCUACAAAAGAGUCUCAUGCAAAUAUAACGGAAAUUCAUGAAGGUUUGGAGUUUUCAUCUAAUAUCGAUGACUAUGAGGAUUAUUCUUUCGGAAUCUUCUCCGUGAAAUUUUCAACAGAUGGGCAAGAGCUUGUAGCAGGUAGCAGCGAUGAUUCAAUCUAUGUUUAUGAUCUUGAAGCCAAGAGAGUAAGCCUGCGGAUCAAAGCUCAUAAGUCUGAUGUCAAUGCUGUCUGCUUUGCUGAUGAAACUGGCCACAUCAUAUAUUCUGGUAGUGACGAUCACCUUUGCAAGGUAUGGGACAGGCGUUGCUUUGAUACAAGGGAAAAGCCGGCUGGAGUUCUAAUGGGACAUCUAGAAGGCAUUACUUUCAUCGACACUCGUGGAGAUGGCCGUUAUUUUAUCUCAAAUGGAAAAGAUCAGGCCAUUAAACUUUGGGACAUCCGGAAAAUGUCAUCCAAUGUCGAAUACACUCCUGUUCGUAGAUAUGCUGAAUGGGAUUACAGAUGGAUGUCAUAUCCAGGGCAUGUAAGAAAUAUGAGACAUCCAGAUGAUCUGUCAGUAGCUACUUAUAAAGGCCAUACAGUCUUGCAAACUCUCAUACGCUGUCAUUUCUCUCCAGCAAAUAGCACAGCGCAGAAGUAUAUAUACAGUGGAUCUGCCGACUCGUGUGUUUAUAUUUAUGACCUGGUUAGUGGAGAUCAAGUUGCAAAACUCAAUUACCACGAGGAUACUGUAAGAGACUGCCAUUGGCACCCUUUCUACCCUAUGAUGGUAACCUCUUCUUGGGAUGGUGCCAUUACCAGAUGGGAAUUUCCCGGUAGCGGUGGAAGUCCAAUGCCUGUGAGGCAAACUAGAAGACGACGGCGAACUUUCUACUAA